AUGCCGCCGGCCGGCGAGACUUCGGCUCGGGAGACGACGUGGCACGUGCCUCAUGACAUCGUCUUCAAGAUCCUGCUUCUCCUCGACAUCAAGCCGCUGAUGCGGUUCGCCUGCAUCUGCAAGGCCUGGCACAUCACCGCCGACCGGUGUUUCCAGCAUGAGUACGACAGUCCCCAUGAGGCGUGCGUGCUCAUCGCACCGCAGACCAAGAGCAGCAGCGGCAGGGGCGUUCCUCUCACUAUCACCACCCAUGGCUUAUACCGAUGGGAGAUCCAGCAGGGCGACUCCCAGGCGACCCUCGUUGAGGCCAUGCACUCCUUCCCAACAGUGGAGGAGCCGAGGCGGCACACGCUCUCGCACUGCGACGGCCUCGUGCUGGUGCCGACGGACAGCGGACUGGUGCACGUGCUCAACCCGGCCACACGACGCGUCCUUAAACUGCCCCCGAGCACGCGUGGAGUUCCUUCGUCUUUCAGUAAUUUGACCAUGGGUUUCAACCUGGCGCUCGGUCUGGGGCACGACCCUCGCUCCGAUACAUACAAGGUUGCCUGCUUCUUCUACCGGUCUAGAUAUUCCGCCCAUGAUUACCGCUACAUACCAGGGCUGGAGGUGUUCGCCAUCGGGAGAGACGAGCACUGGCGCGACAUCGAAGUGACGCCGCCGUACCACAAAUCCAACUUUUAG